AUGCCUCCCGGUCGUCCUAAGAAAGACACCAUCGUCGUAGGAGUGGACUUUGGUACCACUCACUCGGGUGUGUCGUACACCUACCGUGGCAAGCCAGACUCUUCUAGUGAGAUUCCAGUUGAAGGCACAGGCUGUGACAAAGUGCCUACACAGUUGCAGUAUGAGGUCUCCUCAGAAGCCACGCCUCUGCCCAGUCGCAAACGCCGCGCCGCUGGCAGUUACGCUGACUUGAACAAAGCCGAUGUCCAUGUCGUCAAGUGGGGCUUCCCUGCUAUGAAAGAGAAGGAAUCCAUCCAGAUGCUCAAACUUCUUCUGGAUCCGCAGCAGGAGCUUCCUCCCUACGUCUCUCGUACCAAACUUGAAGCUCAACUCAAGCAAAUUGGAAGAAGUGCUGUGGAAGCCACUGCAGACUUCUUGGAGAAGUUGAAGGCACAGGCCCUUGAAGCCCUUGACAAACCUGUCUGGUCUGAUGCGGCUAAGGAUGCAACUCUGAAGGCCACUGAGAUGGCAAAACUUCGCAACUUGCAGAUGAUCACAGAGCCCGAGGCUGCCGGACUCUACGCCCUCAAGCAGAUGGAGGGUGUCACACUUGCUGAAGGCGAUACCUACAUCGUCUGCGACGCAGGCGGAGGUACUGUUGAUCUUAUCUCCUACGAAGUCAAAUCAUUGAAGCCCCUUCGUUUUGAGGAGUGUGCUGCAGGCACUGGUGGUAUAUGUGGAAGCGGUAUCCUCAACAUGAGAUUCGAGGACCAUGUCAAGGCUCGCAUGGGUCUCACUGCUUUCGAGGAAUACUGUGAGCAGAAUCCCAAGGACUGGAACAGAUGUAACACUGACGACAUGGAUGAUGCAAGUAUUCCUCUGGCCGGCGCAAAGGAAGACCCUCGUGCUGGUAUCGAAAAGAACUACAUCAUCCUCGACGCCGAGAAUCUCCACGACAUCUUCCGUCCCGUCAUGGAGUCUAUCGUCAAGCUUUGCGACGAACAGUACAUCGCCUUGCGCAAGGCAAAGAAGAAGGCCAAGGGUCUCAUCCUAGUCGGCGGUUUUGGCGAAAGCAAUCAUCUCCACAACGUUCUCAAACUGCACUUCGCCGGCACUAAAGACUUCGAUAUUCUUCAGCCCCCUAACGCCUGGUCUGCCGCUGCUCGCGGUGCAGUCAUUCACUGCAUCGAAGGUGAUAGUCUUGUCGAAGCCGGCGUAGCCAGACACCACUACGGCGUCAUCAACCGCCUUCCAUUCGAGCCAGGAAAGCACAGCCGCAAAAACUGUGUCUUUGACCCCGACGAUGAAAAGUGGUAUGCCGAGAAUCAGAUCGAAUGGUUUGUCAAGAAGAAUGAGAGCAUCUCUGCGAGAACUCCAAUGGUGUUGCCUUUCCACUUUCCCGCUUACGACAAGCUGACAUCCGAGACCAUCACUCUGGUCGUCAGCGACGAAGAAGAAGCUCCUCUGGAGUUCGUGUUUACAGGACGCACCCGCACCCUUGGCACCAUCGAAGUCAAUCUCGAAAAAGUCGCUGCUAACCGUUGGAAGAAGCAGAAGACUUUCUCCGGCAAGAAUUUCGUGAGUCUGAAUUACCAAGUCGGUAUGGUCUUUGGCUCUGGAGGUCUCAUGUUUGACAUGAGAGUCGGCUCAAAGAUUUGCGGCUCUUUGAGAGCCAAAUACGAAUGA